AUGCUCCGAGCAGUCGGUAGAGGAAUUCGCCGCCAAAUUGUGCGCCGGAGCUCUGGGGUACGACUGACCUCUGGGGCACCUCGUAUACCAUGGCUAUGCCCUUCGCCAUACGUAUACCACAAACCGAUUAGGUGGUCCUCUUCAAAUGCGAGGGCUAUUAGUUUACCUUCAGAAACACCCCCGAAACACACCGAUCGAUCCUACUCCACCGCCGCCGCCGCCUUGGAGCUUGAAGAUAUUGACACCUCCGCUAUAUUCCCUCCGCUGAGACGGGAUGCAGCACCAUAUUCUAUUCCAAUUGAGCCUUUAGAGCCCUUGGAUCCUUCACAGCUCUUAGUAUUCGAACCCCCGGCCGCUCCGGAGGAGAAAUGUAUGAGGAAGUCAACUGCGGGCGUCUCAUCCGAUAAGGCCGAAGUUCUUGCGACCUUUAACGCUUGUAUCAAAGUUGGGGUGUUAGCAAGAGCACAAUUGAUGCUAGAGCAAAUCACCAAAAAUUGUAUAGAGGAAAGGGAUACUGUGGUUCUUGUUGAUGCUCACAAUAUUUUUCUCAAGGCCCUGUUGGAUCAAUAUAGCGAUUCCGGUAAUCUUAGUGAGCUUAAAGUCUUUUUCAUGUGGUUCGAAAACAAGAUGAGAGUUGAGUACUCAAUCAAAGGGGAUGCAACCACCUUUGCCCUAUUACUCAAGGGGAGCUUGAAUAUUCCUGCAGCGGAAGCGAGCAAGAGAUAUCUAGCGGAAUAUAUAAACUUAUGGAGGUACAGUGGUAGGAACAUUGUGGAUGUCCUCGAGAGUGCUGUGUUGAAUAAUGAAGAAGUUCUCAAAAUAGCAAAGAUUUGCCAUUUGCGAAUCGGCGAGCUCAGUGCGACUUGCCGAGAAAUGAUGAAGGAACAGAGGAAGUCUCGUCUCGAACCGCCGAUUUUAGCGGUCCCGGAUGCGAAGCCUACUCCGGUGAAGGGUCCGGGACUGGCGGCUGUUAAAUCUUCACUUAGGUCAUUAAUUGAUCCCGACCACAUGCCCUUCCAAGAGUACGACAUAAAUUUGAAUGAUAAGGAAUUUCAAAUUGAAAGGCAGAAAUUGCUUGAAGAGCAUGCGUUCGACAGCGCCCGGGAACGAUGGAAAAGGGAUUUUGAGAGUCUGAGUGAGAGGGGCGUUAUCAAGCAGGAUGCCGAGAUCAACAGCCUCCUCUGGGAAUGGCAUCAAGCGCUUGUUCCUUUGAUUCAUGAAGAACUCAAACGGGUCCAGCACGCAGAGGAAUCGGGGACCAAGGCUGCUGGGGCGGUGGAUCGGUGCUUUUAUGGACCUUUCAUGCGAGUAAUAGAACCGGAGAAGCUUGCUGCAAUAACAAUAAUCGAGCUCUUGCGAACACACACUCUCAAUGGUGUAGGGGCCGGUUUGAAGGCGUCCCGGGCUGUUCUACAACUUGGGAGAGAGGUGGAGUUGGAGUAUCAAGCUCAGGAAGUUGCGAAGCAGAGGGGGGAAGGAUUUUUCGCGAAUAUGUCAAAAGCGGAAUUGGAAACGAUCUUUCGAGAUAGGUCGGCUUUCAGGAACUUGAUUUCUAAAAGUAAAUCUGCGAGUGAUCUGGACUUCGAAGAGAUACCCGAAUGGCCUAAUACUGUGAAGGUCAAGUUGGGCGGAGUUUUAAUUUCGAUGCUUAUUCAUGUUGCCAGAAUUCCGGUCGAAGCCGCAGUGCCCGGAUUAACUGAAGGAACUGAAUCAUCUGAAAAAAUUGUCCAGCAUCUUCCGGCGUUUCAACACUGUUAUGAGUAUCAGAGGGGCCGAAAGCUUGGAGUUGUCAAGCUUCACCCUGAACUAGUCAAACGACUAGGCACAGAUGACCUUAAUUUUACAGCGAUAGGAAAAUCCCUUCCGAUGGUUGUUAGGCCCCUCCCUUGGACUGACUGGGAUGAAGGGGGGUACUUCUAUACUCGCUCAAAGGUUGUUCGUAUCAGGGAAUCCGUCGAACAAAGGCAAUACGUUAAGGCCGCUGCAGAGAGGGGCCACCUGGAUCACUUAUUCGCUGGGUUGGAUGUGCUGGGUCGGACCGCUUGGAGAAUUAACCGAAGGGUUUUUGAUGUCGUUCUGGAAGUUUGGAAUCAGGAGAAAGCAUUUGCAAAAAUCCCUGCGCUCAAUCCGGAUAUUAAUUUCCCACUAGAGCCGGAGCCGAACGCCGACCCAAAGGUUAGAUGGGAAUGGGCACGAGAGAUGAAGAGGGUAAAUACAGCUCGAAAAAAUAAUCACUCUACAAGAUGUGAUGUUAACUUCAAGGUUGAGAUUGCAAGAGCCUUUCUAUUUGAGGAAUUCUAUUUUCCGCAUAACAUAGAUUUCAGAGGCCGAGCCUAUCCCAUCCCACCGAAUCUCAAUCAUAUUGGGAAUGAUCUUUCUAGAGGUCUGUUGAUGUUCUCCGAGGCGAAAGAAGUGGGGGAAACGGGCCUGAGAUGGAUGAAAAUUCACUUGGCAAAUUUGGCGGGAUAUGAUAAAGCUAGUUUUUCGCAACGCGUGGCAUUUACCGAGGAAAAUAUUGAAAAUAUUCACGAUUCGGCUGAGAAUCCUCUCACAGGCAAUCGAUGGUGGCUGAAAUCGGAUGACCCAUGGCAAUUGCUCGCGUCCUGUUUUGCCUUGAAUGAAGCCUUAUCGUUAAAUAACCCGCACGAAUACAAAUGCCAUAUCCCGGUUGCGCAGGAUGGAACAUGUAACGGGUUACAGCAUUACGCGGCAUUAGGGGGGGAUGUGGCUGGUGCAAGACAAGUGAACCUAGAACCUUCAGACUUGCCCCAGGAUGUUUACACGGGCGUUGCGGAGUUGGUAAAGGCUUCCGUUGAGCUUGACGCGAAGCGCGGGCUUCCAGCGGCUGUUGCGUUAAAGGACCUCGUUACUAGAAAGGUGGUUAAGCAAACGGUCAUGACAAACGUUUAUGGCGUUACUUUCAUUGGCGCGAGGAAUCAGAUUGAGAAUCAGCUCAAAUGUAUUGAAAGCCUUGAUCAAAAGGAUAUCCCGGCGCUCAGCCUGUACUUGACGAAAAAAGUCUUCGAUUCUAUCCAAGAAAUGUUUACCGGUGCAAGUGCGAUUCAAGAUUGGCUUGUUACGUGCGCCAAAAGGAUCUCUAGAUCUGUCCGACCAAAUCAAUUGGAACACCUGAAGGAUCCCAAGACUGGUGAGGAUAGCGUGCACUUUAUGACAAGCGUUGUAUGGACUACACCUUUGAGGUUACCAGUUGUGCAGCCAUACCGACAGGUGGCCUCCGCCGCAAUUUCUACCAAUCUGCAAACCGUUUACAUUAACGAUCCUUACGUCAUCGACAAAGUGGAUAGCAGAAAGCAGAUGACAGCCUUCCCCCCAAACUUCAUUCAUUCCCUCGACGCCUCGCACAUGCUGCUUUCGGCAUUGAAUUGCGACGCCUCGGGUCUAACGUUUGCUAGCGUGCAUGACUCGUUUUGGACGCACCCUUCAGACGUCGACGAGAUGAAUCGUAUUCUGCGAGAUUCCUUCGUCGCAUUGCAUGGGAAGGAUAUUAUAGAGAACCUGAAGGCUGAAUUCGAAGAGCGUUACAAAGGUUUCAGAACCCUCGUUAAGGUUAUAGCAAACACUCCGUGUGGGAAGAGAAUCAAAUUGGCUCGUAGAAACUACGCAAUAGAGAACCUCGGCCGCCCUAAACUAACAGCGGUUGAGGACCUCCAAUGGGAACUUAAGAGGUGGGCUCUAAUGCAAAGCCACGACCACGACGACCGAAAGAUAGCGGCGGAGAUGGUGACCCCAAGUGUCAUCUUGGAGAAGUAUGGGGGACUCAAAGUUAACGAGUUGGCGGAGAAUACUGGUAAGCUUGGUUUGAGUGUGAACGAUUAUGGCUCUCCGAGUUUGGGUGAUCAAAGUGGGGAUGAGGGAUCGAUUGUGGACCAGGAGGAUAUCCUGGGGCCGGCUGAGGAGAGUGAUGACGGAUAUGAGGAGAGCGCCCCACUUGAUGAGGAUAUGGUGUUGGGGGGCAUGGAAGAAGGCUCGAGGAUGCUGGGCACUGCUGGCGAUGAGGAUAUAGAUCUGGAUGAUGCAUCCACGAAGAAGAGAUCAAGAGCAAGGAAGGAAUUGGACGAGGAUGGAAAUACUAUUCCUCGCGAUAACGGAAGUGCCAAGGGAACUUUAAAGCCUAAGCAGGCCCACAUUGCGACAUUGAACGUGUGGGUGGAGCUCAAGUUCCCCGACCUACCGCCUAAGGGUCUGUUCGAUGUAAACUUGCUUAGGAAGAGUGAGUACUUCUUCUCAUGAGUUGCUACUUUUCUUCUGACCUGUCAUCGCCCGUUAUUUGGCCGAUAUAUCUCUCCCCUCCGUUCUAUCCUAUCUUGGUGUGCCAUGGAUUACAGAUGCAUUUGGUUUUCCUUGAAAAAUGGAAGUAUAAAGUUGUGCGCUUGGUUGGGUUUUAUUUUCUAUUCACUUAUGCUUUUCCUUCAUGCAUUCAUAUACCGGUAGGGGUAAAACGGGCCAGGUUUUCUUUCCUUCUUUUUCUUCUUUUAUUUUUUCCAUUUAAAUAUUUAAAUAUUUAUUCCUUUCGCGUUCUUGUAUAGUACCAUGGAUUUUGGACCUUUGUAUAAAAUUGAAAGGGAUAUAUCUCCGGGUA